UAGUGACAGGAAAGAAGGAGAAAUGGCUGCAAGGUUACUGCUCCGCUCUGCGGUUAGAGCCGCGACAACCUGCCGGGCUGCCCCGGUCCCGGCUCUGACCCGCGGCAUGGCUGCCGGAGGGAUUCCCACGGAUGAGGAGCAAGCCACAGGCCUGGAGAAGAAAAUCAUGAACGCCAUGAAAGUUGGAACGGAUCCAUACAGCAUGAUGAAGCCAAAAGAGUACGCUGGCUCCAAGGCUGAUCCCCACCUUGUUCCCUCCAUCACAAACAAGAGGAUUGUGGGAUGUGUCUGUGAAGAAGACAACACCGCCGUGGUUUGGUUCUGGCUUCAUGAUGGCGAGGCCCAGCGCUGCCCGUCCUGCGGUUCCCACUACAAACUGGUGCCCCAUGAGCUCCCUCACUAACUUAUAUACAUACCUCUGUUAUUAUUUACCUCUAUUACUCAGCUGUGUGUCUGCACAGUGUCGGCUUCUCUUUGAAAUAUUCCUCUUACCUUCAGAACGAGGUGACAAACGAUCAGACGGCGAUGAUUGAUUGACUGAUUGGUCUUUUGACUUGUUCUGUCACAGUACUUGAUCUACCUGCUAACCUCAUCAGUCUUUGCUUUACAUGUUACCAUUCACAGAGGGAUCAGAUGUGGUUUGGGACACAACUGUUUAAACAUUUCCAGUACGCUGCAGUUUACAUUGACACAUGUACUGUACAACGUUACACUCGGCCCGCUUACUCCUUUUAUUUGAAACAAUAAAGUCCUCAUCUCAAGUG